AUGAAGAAGCCGAUUCCAAGUCUUCCUCAAAAGGAGCUGGUGGAGGAUAGCAGAAGAGGAGAAAAAACAAAAGCCCAACCAAACAAAGACCAAGACCCCUUUAGGCAUUCUGCAGAGAAAGCACGCCCUUCCUUCCCACCAUUCCCGUUGCUCGGGCUGCGGUGGGGUUCUGCGGUGGGGUUCGGGCGGCUCAAGAGGACCUCUGCGGGGAGAGGGUGGUCCAGUCUCGGACCCAGCCCGAGUUUUUCUCCGAGCCGCUCCCCGGGUCUCCCCCGCUGUCCCGCCGUCCUCCCCGGGCCGCGCUGCAGGCUCCAUCAGCGCCCCGCCGGUCUCUCUCGGAAGCGCUGCCGCCGUCCCGCGGGCUCCGGGAGCGAGAACUCGUGGGGCUCCUCCGUCCGGAGUCGGGCCGCGCAGCCGGCAGCAGCUUCUCCGUGUCCAGAGUCGGGAAGCCCGUGCGCCCUCCCGAGACACCUGCAGCCCCCGGGCCCCUCCUGCAGCCCGGGCGUCCCGCCGGGACACCUGGCGCCCGGGCGAGGGCGGGUCGACGUCGGGGUCGACGUCGGGGUCGGCGGAGGCGUCGGGGUCGACGUCGGGGUCGCCGGGCCCCGCGCCGCGGCGGAGGGAGGGCGAGCGGGAGCGCGCAGCCCGGCGUCUCGGCCCGCGCGGCUUCCUGCCUGCGCCCGGCGCUGCUCCUUGGAAAGUUCUGGAGGUCAGAAUUUCAAGAUGUGUCUCCAUGGGCUAAAGUCAGCAUCAACAGGGCUGUGUUCCUUCUGGAGCUCUAAAGCAACAUUUAAAAUACGGAAGAGACCAAUUCUUUACCAUGGAAUUGCCUUGGCAUCCCUGCCAAAAAACAACUGGAUCUACAUCUGGAUGCUGUCUUUUGUGCCAGUGAUACAUAUGCCUCUUUUUACACUGACCAUUUGCUCACAUUAAAAGAAGUUGAUAAAAUGAACUGUCAUGAAAAUAAUAGAUGUCCUGUAUUUAAUGACUCUCUUCAAAAUGUGGACAAUUCUUCAAGCCUGGUCGUGGGUAAAUGGGGAUUUGUCGUACUUUUUAACUUGUGUGUAUGUAUAGAAGUUUUCAAAAUAUUUCAGAAUGAUUCCCUGCAGGUCUUUUAAUCACUCCCUCUACCAGUAUUUUAGGGAGGGCCUGCUCUCUGGCUGACUGGCACAAAUCUAUGACGUGGAGCUAGAGCAGUGAACACAACAGUCUUUCUUCAUAAAUCCCUUCUUAGUGAAAUGGACAACGGAUACACAGAUGAAUGUGCAAUGCAAGAUCCUAAAAUGAGCAUCGAAGAAAACAUGAAAUGGAUGGGGAAUAAAAUUAUCCUGGACACUUUUAAAUCAAGGCGACUCUAAUGAGAUGAUCCUGGCAAAGCUACCUGGGGAUAGUUUGGCUAUUUUCAUAUGUUGCAGGAAUCUCACUCCCUAAUAUUUACUCAAGUGAGUUGAACACUUAUGACCACCCACAAGUCUGCACACAGAUAUGAAGAGCAGCUUUACUCAUAGCUGCCCAAACUUGGAAACAGCCAGAAUAGUCCCAUAGCAUAUGAAUGGAUUAGCAAAUUAUAAUACAGCUAUACAAUGGGACAUUAUUCAGUGAUAAGGAGAAAUGAGCUACAAAGCAACAAAAAGCCAUGGAGGAACUUUAAAUGCAUAGUAUGAGUGAAAGAAGCCAGUCGAAAAAGGCUUCACACUCUAUAAUGCUGACACGUCCUGCUGGCAAAGGCAGAACAUUGGAGACGGUAAGUGAUGGGUGGCCACCAGGACUUGGGGUGAGGGACCAAGACUGUGGAGGCACUGAAGCUAUUUUGUAUGAUAUUAGAAUGGCGGGUAUGUGCCUUUGUCCGUUGUCAAAGCCCACAAAGUUUUUAGCACAAGAAUGAAUCCUCCAGUGCACUCUGAACUUCAUAUUGAUCUGUCAGUGUUGACUCAUCAGUUAUAACUAAUGUACCACGCUAAUGCGAGGUGGUAAGAAGGGGCGGGAACUCUGAACCUUCCAGGUGAUUUUCCCCUAAAGCUGAAGUGCUCUGCAAGGGAGAACCUGUUCAUUUUGGUAAAAGGCUGUUGAAGUCAUAUACUCACCUGCUGUAAUGGAUCCGGUAUGUUCUCUGGUUUCACAGCUCUCACAGUCGGUGCCCCACUGAAAAAUCUGCGUGCCCCCCCUCCCGGCUGUGUCGGACCCCGAGGCUCAGCUCUCCUUUUCCACCUCUUCUGGCUUCAGUGCCUCUUGAGCUACACCAGUCUCUGCCUUUUCGAAACACAUCAAGCCUGUCCCACCUCGGGGCCCUUGCCUCUGCUGCUCUUUCUACCUGGAAUUCGGUUGCCUUUCUGUUUGCAUGAGUUUCCUCUUUCCUUCCUUCAUGCCUCCACCCCAGAUCAUCUCAAUAGAGUUUCCCUGGUUUGAAGGAGUGUCCAAUAUCAUCGUAUCCCCCACGGUUUUUUCACGACGAAAAUGUAUUAUAUGUAUAAUAUGUAUUUCAUGUUAAUGUAGGUAUGUACUGUCUCUUUCUCUAGGAAGGGAUUCACGAGGGACUCUUUGCUUCACUGCUCUUUCUCUUCUUCGUAGACUCGUGCCAGUGCAUCAGACAGCACGUGCUCCCAGUUUUACUCACCCUAAGAAGUUUCCAAAUUAGCUAUCAAAUGUAUGCAUUUUCAAGGAACAGAAAGAAAAAGGAAUUAAGGAAAAGGGAUCAAAUAGCAAAGUAGAGGAGUCGUUCACAAACCUACCGCACAGGCAUUUCAUUGUGAAAUACGGUGUUGUUUCUCCAUUUAGGCCUGUAUUGUACUUGGACCUAUUUUUUGUGGAGGAUGUUAGGUUUCUGUCUAGAUGCAUUUUCUUCAGUAACUUUUAUCAGCUCCAGAGCAAACACGGAGAGCAAGUAUGUAGAAUGGGAAGAAGAGACACAGGGAAACCAUUCUGGAGGGUUUUGAGGUCCGUGAACCAGGAAACGAAGCUUUGAGUAGAGGGCUGUGGUGGGCUUUCUAAGAGGUGGCUGUUUUUCAGCUAUUUUGAAGCUGGAGUCAGUGGAGUUUUAUGGGGAAUAUAUAAGGGAUCCGGGUAAGAAGAACAGUCAAGAAAGUCAAGGUUCUAGGCCUGGCCAGUGUGUAAGCAGUGGGGCUCUUUGUCCAAGUGAAGAACACUGGACAAGCAGCGUUUCCUUGCGGAAGGUCCUGUUCUAGAAAUCGAGGGCAGUUUUGACGUGUCCUGUCUCAGGUUUCUAUUUCAGUAUCCAAUGAAAAAUAUCAAGUAUGAAAGUGGCCUCGGAGAGAGCUCGGGGGAAAACUUAAAUUUGGGAAAUGUCAGUGUAUAGGUGGGGUCUGAGGCCCUGCAACUCGGGUGGGUAGAUCAACAGAAUGACUGCAGAGAUAAAAGAGACCGAGAGGGAGUUGCCCCAGCAUUGAGGAGAAAUAGGAAGGGGGGGUGGGGAAUACCUUUUCCAGAGGAAGCCAGCAACUGUGUCAGAGUCUGCUGAAGAAUUGAGAGAAAUGAACACUGAGACCCUACCAUCAGACUCGGCAGCAUGGACAUUGUUGAUGGCUCUUGUGGGAGAAGCUUUAGGGAGAGAGGGAUGGUGCUGGCCGGGUUCAGGGGGUGACAGGAAGGGUAGCAGUGCAAACAGCUGCUUUCCCUGAGCUCUUUGCAGGAGUUCUGGGGACGGGGGAAGCAGAAUCCGGUAUGAGAGACAAUGAAAGUCAUUCAUAAUGUCGGAAGCAGGUAGAUGAGGUCUUACUGUAGAAAAUGCAUUGAGACAAAUUAACUCAAUAACAUCAUAAAGGCACACACACACUGACGUGUGCAUGCGCUCACACACGCACUAAUUCUACCGCCUUCCUUUUGCCCCCCCCCCCCAGCCCCACAUUAUCCCGUAAAGUCGUAUUUUGUUCGGCUGUAGACCAAAUGCAUUACCUACAGGUGGGUUUUGUCGGCUGCUACUGUCUCGUGGCUCCGUUUGGUGCUUCCGAUGGAUUCUGCAGAGCAUCUUGGGCUCCCUUUAUCUUGUAGUCUAUUCGGAUAUCAUUCUUCCUCUGCGUGGCAGUUUUUACUCAUCCACAUUUGUCUUUUGCUAUGGAAGUGCAUGAAGAGAUGAAGUGGGAUGUUUCUGGGCAUAAAACCCUUGCUCCUUGAAUCCUCUCCUGAGGUGUUGUCUGCCUGCAAACUUGGGAGCCCCUCCAAAGGGGUGUCUGUGCGAGGACGAGGCUGCAGGAAGGGAGAAGGGAGCUGUUAGUACUCGUGACCCAGGGCAGUUUUCAUUUUAGCUCAGGGUUAGAAAAUGGGCCCGAGGCCCAGAACGAAAGCAGAUCAAGCAUGUUCGUUUCUGCCUGCUCUCCGAUUUCUCACUCCUGUGCUGUCCUCCGUAUCUCUCCAUUCUAAUGAGGAAAAAAGAAAGUCUGAGAAAAAUCACAUCAAGGGGAAGACAAACAGAAGGAAGCCAAGAGCAAGCGAGGUUUAUUUGUCUUGUGUAGGCUUUUUAGAACUACGAGGCUUUUAAAAAUAAGGUCUAGCGCGAGUCCUUAAAUGUUCCCAAGCCCAAGUCAACUUCCCUUCCUUCUGGGAGACGGUGGAGGGACGGAGCUGUGUGCUCUCUGGUACCGCCGUGAAACUGGGAGGCCCUCAAGAACAGAGGCCAGGCCCUCGUUGUUCCCCGGUAGAGCAGGAACGCCUCUCCUCCUCCCUGCAAUUGCAGCAGGAGAAUGAGCACAGACAGGCAAACCUCCUUUAUUCAUGCCUCACUUGGAGCUUUGCAGAUACUGCCUUCUUAAGAAAUUUAAAGUUUGUGGCAAUCCUGCAUAGAGCAAGUCUAUCAGCAUUGGGCUGCCAACAGCAGUUGCUCACUUUGUGUCUCUGUGUUGUAUUUUGUUCAUUCUAGCAAUAUUUCAAACUUUUGUAUUUUUUGUUUGUGAACAGUGAUUGUUGGUGUUACUGUUGUAAUUCUUUUGGCAUUAUAUAGCAAUAAAGUAUUCUUUAAAGUAGGUCCUUUUUUUAAGGCACAAUGCUUGUGCACACUAAGUUUCUGUAAGUAUAGCUUGUAUCUGCCCUGGGAAGGCAAAACUUUCAUGUGACUUGCUUUAUUGCAAUAUUUGUUUUAUUGCUGUCUGGAACUAAACCUACAAUAUCUCCAAGGUAGGCCUGUACGUAUUUUUGACUCAUUAAAAUUUCAAAAAAUUA